AUGGCCGGAGAUAGUCCAAACCUCAUGUUUACACCUUCCAGGAAGGGUAACAAUCCAUACAACCCAGACCCCACCAGCGAUACCAUUACUGUGAAAGUGGGGAUGCCGGAUUUUAACGAUGGAAGUGACAUCUUUACUGUUCAGAAAUCCGUCCUUUACAACGAUGAUCAGUUCCGUGGUGGGUGUUGGAUCAAUGGCGACAGGACGGUACAUCUCAGAGCAAAACCCGAAGACUUCAAGACCUACAUGACAUGGCUGUACACCCGCCGGCUGCCGGAGCAUAUUGCGGACCCAAAGCUGGAUACCGAGUCGAACCUGGACUGGCUGCCGACUUCAUAUGGUCUCGCGCGUAAAGUUGGUGAUCCACGUUAUCAAGACGUUCUGAUCAGUCGGAUGAUCGAGUGCGCGCGAAGGAUCGAAAGCUUCCCAAAUAUAUCGUUCGUCGCAAGCUUAUAUGACGUGACAGAGGGUCUUGCGCAUACGCCGGACAUUCUUGGUCGAGAUUUGAUGAUAGAUAUCUGGACGUGGAAAUGCCGACCCGAAUGGCAGGACAUAGAUUACUUCGCUGAGGCAGAUUACAUGGAGUUCUCGGAGCAUCUAAUUUCAGCGUUAAUUGCUCAUCGCAAUGCAUCACCAGAGGAGUUGGUGGAGCCAUGGGCGAGCUCCCAGGCUGAUCGGUAUCUAGUUGGAGCAACUCAAGACGAAUGA